GCUACUUAGUGGAACAGAUGAUCCUGCAUACCAUCCUACCCCCAAUUAACGUGUGCGUGUGCAAAAAAAAAACGAAACCGAAAAGAACUUCUAACCAGCAAAAAAGGAAAUGUUUGCCGUGGCCACAAUCAAACCUUCCCUGCAUCGCAUACUGGUUUUAAUGAGCCGAAGCACCGGAUUAAAACAUUUCACUUCGGCGAAUCUUUCUUUGGGGAAAAAGAUCUUGGGACGGACCGCGGGGGGGGGGGGGGCUGCAAAGUGAUGCGGGACACGUUGGAAUGCGCCAGAAAUAAAACUCUAAUGCCGCAGACCUGCUGGUUCUCCCCCUCCCCCUCCCCUUCCCCUCUCGCUGGGCUCGUGAUAAAAGUGUGGCAUGAGUUUUCACGUUUUUCGCGCUUGGUUGCUAGGCGACGGUGUUUGAUGAUCGUGCGAGUCGCCGAAUUUCCGCAUCAUUUCACAAUCGGUCGGAGACAUUCGAUAUCGCACGAACCGGGGUUUUGUGUGGCGGACGAAUACGCCUGGGAUACAAGAGGUACAAGAGGCCGUACGUACGAUGUCGACCACGUCGACAGGUGGCUGUUUGGCGUCAUCGAAACUUUCCCGAUAUCAUGCUUGCGUCGGUGGUCGGUGGUGCACGUGUCAAUGGGAUGUUUUCCGAGUGAAUGAUUGAUUUCCACAGCGUCAGCAAACUGAAGGCACAGUUCGGUGAAGUUUACUCUAAUGCCGAACCACGCACGCAACGUAUCGGUAGAUUAAUUUAUGCACAUCAUUCGGUGUCGUUUAGGAGAAGAAGGAAAAAAAAGGUUUACAAUUCUCUGCUACGGCAUCCCCUACCAACGCCGGGAAACUCUCGACGGCCGAUACCGAACGUUUGGCAUAAGGAAUCGGCAUUCCAUUGAGGUUAUGAGUAAGUUCGAAACGAUUGCUAUUUAUACACCACUAACCAGCGGGACAAAAUAUACAAAACCGCCCCUGAACACUCGCCGCCGCAUUAAAGGAAGCAUGAAGCGAGAGGGUGCGCCCGUGUUGCACUUCUACCCGCGUUCUGGCGUCGUCCGCGCAUCGGCAAAAUCGUCGCGUACCGUGUACGAAGUAGACGGCACACAAGAGCAAGGGCUUCGAACUUGUACUUGAACUUUUCCGAAUUGCGAUCGGUCGGGAGCGUGCGAUUCCUUCGUUGGCCCUGCUGAUCGCGCCAGAAAUGUGGUCCGCCCUGCAGUGUGGACAGAUUUAUCUUGUACAUUAAUUAGAGCGCUACCGCGGGCAAUGCUGAGUAUGAAUGCUAAGUUCAUGGGACUAGCCGCGCAUGCCAUCCACGUCCGCACGGACGGAUCCCAUUGACAGGACAGCAAGAAUGCCACGUUUGCUGCUGCUGGACGGGAAUGAUUGAUUUUUCCUGUUUUGUUUUUGCUCAAAUGUUUCAAACAGAGAACAUUUGCGUUGCAUAAGAACAACGUAACGGUGUUUAAGAUUAAGAAUGGUUUGACCGGAUUGGCAAUGAAAACUGGCCCAAAAUGGUGAGGAGGAAGAAGGUGUCGUUAGAGCGCGCGUACAGGUUUUAUUUAUAUCUGACAAAACACAGUUUGAAGGAAAAGGCGACAUUUUUUUUUCUUUACAGACGGAAAUUUCGUGUUUUUUCUAAACAUGCAAAAGCAUAAUUAAUUUUGUUGUAAGGGGAAACAAAAUCAUCCCGCCGUCGGAAUUCGUCAAGGACAGUUUGGAGUCAACAGCACUGUUUUUUUUUCAAAUGGUUGUUGAUAGUUUACACUGUUUUCUAACCGUUGUUUUUGCCCUUCAUUAGCAGAUUCGGUACAUUCGGAAGGCAAAAAGUUGUAGGUAAAAUGUCUAAUCAAACGCACCAACCAGCAGCCAAAGAUGUUGAUGCGUGUCCGGUGUUGCAUAAUGGAACGCGAAAGCAACGGCGUACUAAAAGGAGAGCUUUCGUUCAUCGAUCAUCGCGAGCUAAAAAUCACCAGCUCCGCGAGCACGGUUUGAUUGACGGAAGAAAUGCUGAUAACAUAAUGCACACCCCAUUUCCGCAUUAUGCGGGUUCCGUACACCUUUGGGGGGGGGAGGUUGUUUUUGAUUGCUGCUUUUGAGCUCGAGAUAGGGUUGGACCGAUUGGUCAUUUGUGCUUUGGUUAAUCUUUUAUUUUUUGUUUAUACCACUCAACCCCAUCAGAAGAUCGCGCAUUUUGAAGAUCACGCAUUGAAGCGUACCGAGUGUGUUGGCACUCUCUCUCUCUAAAAAAAAACAAGAUAAAAUAUGUAUAAUCAACACUUCAUACGUAACGUAAUUGAAAGGGGUUUUUUGUUUUGGUUUUUGGGGGUUUAAGCCCUCGGGGCAGUACUCUUGUUUUCAUAACUGAAGGUACACCAAUCGCCAUCGAAUUGUUGCAACGAAUGCUGCUUUCUUUUGCACCGACGUAUUAUCAAUAUUAAUGUUUCAUUUAUCAUCCGCAAACAAACAAACCGAAAAACCAAACUCCAAAAAAAGGCAUCACAAAACAAACGUUCCAAAAACCAUAGUGUGAAAGCGAAUGGAAAAAUUUUCUAUUUUACUGAUACUUUAUUUUUUUGUGUGUGUAAUGGAUGGGUUAAUGAAAUGGCCAGUAAAAUGUUAAGACACCAAUUAGGCUGGUGCGCGAUUUAACGCGACCGAAAAAAGGUAUCACACACUUCCGGUUUUUUGCUGUCUUUAUUUUACAAUUAAAACUAGCAAAAUCUAGCGUACGUGUGCGAAAACUUGGUUUCCCCCCUCCUUUUUUUUGGAGCCUAUUUUGGGUGAGUGCUCUCUUUGAACGGUCAGUUUUUGGGGCUUUUUUUUGGGUUGCCAAAAUGAGAGAAAGUUAAGCAUUCAAUUAGGACUUUAUGUAGUGAUCGUUUCCAUCCGUUUUUCUUUCUUUUUGAGUGCAUACCUUGAAGGUAGCAAGACUUGAAGAGUCUUUAAGAAAAACAAAUUCAAGAACAUUAGCUUAACCUCAAAUUGUUUUAACCAUCGCAUAAAUAGAGUGCACAAAAAACAGAAGUUUAUUAGUUUCCGUUUGGUGCAACUCUACCAUCUAAACGGGUUAGUGAGAAACACGUACCUCAAGUAGUAAAAAUCCAUCGCUAGAAUUCCACCUGAACGUGUAGUAGUCACGCGAUCGAAGCGUACUUUAUCUUUGUGGCCGGAACGUUACAAACCUCCCCACUUCAACUGGUGUCCAAUUAUGGACCGCACAGUGUACCGCACUUUCCGUGCCCCUGUGUCUCUCUGUUUAGAGGUUUCUCGCUUUGGGUUGAAUAGACAGAUAGAUAACAAUCAUUGUGUACUACUUCCAAAAGCACUAUCUAGCGGCUAAUGCGAUAAUUUAUCACUCUCGAACGAGUUGAUGGUUCCCAAAUUUCUCCAAACCAAAGAAAGAGCCCACGGUGUUUUUCCACAGGGGAGAGAUGUUCGUGGCUCAAAAAGCGAAAGGCAAAAUUUGCAAACAGUCAGUUGAUUAGAUUAAUUAAAGACAGUGAGGGGAAAAACAGUGCAAAGGCAACAAACAGCAAAAACGACAUCAAAAAAUCACAUACAUACACAAAUUGCCAAAAGGCACCCUGGUAGCUUAGCUCAGGCUAAAGAUUGGUAUUGGGACGGUGAGCGGAUAUCACGAGUGGCUUACGGGCUUUUCACAAACAAUGCGGCCACAUCUGUUCACACGAGCCUUCACUUAUAGCGGUGCUCCAGCCUCGGGAGCGAUCAUGUGAAAGCGAACGAAUUAUGUCGCCCCCCCAGUAUGCGAUGUAUGUGUGCGAUGUAUCGAUCCGUAAGAAGAGUAGUACUUUUCAUUUAUUUCCCUGCUUCAUGUGCUAAUCGAAUCAUUAAGCUUCAAUGGGUUCCACUGCUCAAGGGUUUUAUUUUUACUCUUUCUUCUUUAUUACCGUCUGGUACGAAAGUCCAAAAUGACCCACAAUCGAAAGUGAUGAGUAGCUGCAAGUGCCGUUAGAUUCCAUGUGAAGUUCUCUGCGGCGAUAUACUGGAUUACUUGUCUGUCCGGCAUGGUUGAGGUUUCCGUGGUGAACGAGCGCGAAAUAACACUCCAAGCUGGCACAACACAACAUUAUCGAUUGGCCAUUCUUUGUGUGUGAUUUCUGAUUUCAGUGUGGGAAAUCCUACCCAUUAUGAGAAAAUGUUAAUUAUAUUCUCGCUGUGCUUUUAAAGAUACAAUUCUAUCUUCAAACUGGUGCCCUGCCCGAUGAGAAUAGCAAUGUACGAGGAAGAAUCUCUUUAUAUCUCAUCUCGACUACGCUUUUCACUGUUAUCCGGUGUGCCGGUUUUUCAUAUCACGAGUCUGAUGUUUACCGACGAAAAAUCGAAAUCGAAAGUUCAACCCACAAAGAAGCGCUACCAAUCUUGAGACGCUCUGGAGUGUGUGAGCAGCGUGAUCAUCGUUAAACCGAUGAUUUCAUAUUUUCUUUUACAUUCCUCCACUUCAAUCGAAGAAGGUGUCCGAGGGAGGCAAAAACCUUUUUGCAAAAGGCAAAAAAGCAACGUGAACCGAACCUUGGGAGGUCCCCUUACAUUAGGGAACGUCAUUUCCCUCAUUAACACGCCGUUCGCAAAGCGUCUGGGAAAAUGUGCAUUUUUUUUGUUCCCCAGCUCGAUCGGUCCACACACGAUCUUUCUGCAUCCCGGUGGGUGAUCUUUGGCUGAGAGUGAAACCUUUCGUAAAGCUUUGUGUACGCCUUUCGGUAGUGUAGAUCACUUUCGAUGUGUUACGCUUAGCCGCAACGGUACGCUUUUUUGGGGGGGAUAUGAUAUCAGCUGUCACUGGGCGGGAAGGUGUCGUCAUAGAAGUGAUAGUAGGUACUACACAUCUGUGAGAAAGUCUGAUGAAAGAUCGUUCGUUGUCUAUGGUUUUUUUGUUUUUCUCAUGAGCCAUACAAAGUUUUAUUCACGCUCAGCAGCGAUCCACUUAAUGGCAUAAUAAAUGGGUUUUAGUGCACCGUCGAGCUCCAGAUAGCUUUCACUGGUUAAAGUCUUCAGAUGACAUCUGACGGCACCACGGUUUGAUUAUAUAAAUUGUAUCAUGCGAUCGGAUUGCAAAAUCAUCCACUCACUCUUUUUUGUGGGUUGGGUUCAAGCAAUUGCAGUACCUUGGAGAAAAUGGGCUCGUCCUUUUUUUGUUGCAUCCUACCAAAACAACCUGCACCGGCACGUGAUCGAUGAUGCGCUCCUUGGUGCGGGUCAAGCGAAACGUGCCUGCACGCAGGCUUUGCACUCAGCAAUGCAUCGUUUCCGGCCGUGGCAGUGGCAUAUCAUAGCCCAUCCGCCGUUCGGCUGACCCCGAAAGAAGCUACCAAUCAAUAAAAGCCUCAGCCGCGCUAGAACGAUCAGUUUGUAACGUUCGAUCGUUCGAGCGGUAAAGUUCUAGCAACCGGUUCUCUUCUUCUUUGUUCGCCACACAAAGCAACAAAUAUCCCCAAAACACUCAAAUACUCAAUUGCUGGUGCCUAGUGGCUUCUACGCGGCAAAACACCGCAAAGUGCCCGUUCAACGCUUUUCAACGGUGUCCUGUUCAAGGUGAUCUUGCAUUGCAAAGACCAUCCUGUGCAUCUUAGAAUGGGUGGAAUUGUAUCGCGUGUGUUUCGCAGUGCGCCAGAACACUCCAACUGCCAAACGUGCCAGCGUAGCUGCUGCAUCUGUCUCGAUGCUGGACUGGAGUUGACACAGCGUCGUCUACUGCGGUUAGAAGAGCGAGAGCUACGGCGUAGUCGGGCUGGAAGUCGAGCCAGCAGACGGAUCGUGAGCGAGGCGGAAGAGGAGGAAGAGGAACCGCUCGAAGAGGAAGAGCCACCGAGGACACGUCCUGCCUCGCGCCGCUCUCAACGCAGACCGGCCGCGCAACGGCCCAGACGCCCGGCACAGUCGGAACCCGAAGAAGAGGAGCCGGAAGAGGAAGAGGAGGAAGAACCAGAGCCUCAGCCACGCCAAAGACCACGGGCACGGGCAACGGUUCGCCGACAGGCUCCGGCUAGGCGCACCAGACGGGCACGUCCACAGCAACAGCAGGAAGAGGAAGAAGAGCCGGAGGAAGAACCCGAACCGGAACCGGCUCCUCGUCCUGCCCGGGCAUCACAACGUGGUCAGCAGCAACGUCAACGAGCACAGCAGCGUCGUCAGCGACAGCCAGCACCAGAAGAACCAGAGGAGGAAGACAACGCCGAAGAGGAGGAAGAAGAACAGCCCCGUGCUCCAAGAAGACCGCGUCCAAAUCGUGCUCAGGCACCCGCUCCAAGACGCCAAGCUGCUCGCCGUCGUAACAAUCCUCCAGAGGAAGAAGAAGAGGCACAAGAGGAGGAAGAUCCUGCCGAGGAAGAGCAAGCACCACGGCGUCGUGCACCGCGUGGUCAGCGCAACCGAACUCAGCAGCGUCGUGCGCAACGUCGUCAGGAAGAAGAUCCAAGCACCGCAUCGGAAGACCUCGAGGAGGAUGAAGAAACGGGCCGAGAAGCGCGACUCCGUCGAAUCGAACGUCGUCUCCUGCUGGAGGAAGAUCAUCUUCGGGAGCGUAUUCUACGCGAAGAGGGACUGCGCCGUCAGCGAUCGUGUCGCCGACGACAGCAGCAGCACCAAAUGUCACUCGAUCGUCGUCAGCAGCGUGAUCCCGAGCCGGAAGUAGUGCGUGGUCCGAACGUACGGCGUCUGGUCGCGUGCUACGAGCUGAAACGUAGCGAUAUAAGCGAAACCGACGCACAAUCCUUGCAGAACCUUUUCACCCAAGUUGACGAUCAUCCGAUGCGCCAUUGCGGCGCCCGUUCGCCAGACCGAUGCUGACUCUCCACUCUCGUCGAAGGUGGCCCUGUUCAACCAAACAGCCCAGAGCCAUCGGGAAUCGCAGCUCUCCAAUCC